AGAGAGAUUGUGAGAUUGGUAAAACAGAAAAUCUCUUAAAAUCUGAGGUAAGCAAGCGUCUGUGGACACGGGGUGAGCUUAUGAUCCCGGCCCUGAGCCGGAGGCCGCUGAGUUUCUAUUAGCUAUAUCUCUGCUUGCCCAGCACCCCCCAAAGGCCUCAGGAAACCUUUGUUCCUCAAAAGGCCAGUUGGGAAAAGUAGUGAUUUUCGAGGCUGUGAGAGAAAUAUGUACUGCUUAUUUAGAGUUUACAGCUAAAAGUCUGGUUGGAGAUUCGUGACAAUUUCUUAUUGUAAAAAUAAGAUCUUUUGCCUAUUCUGCAAAUCUAAAAAAAAUUGCAUUGUAGAUACUAAUGCAUGUUCAGAAGCUGGCAUCAAGAGUACAUAGAUCAAACAAUUUUUCCUUCAGGAUGCUCACAAGUUUUAAGUAACUAUUCCACUUACCAGCCAAAUUCAAAUCUCCUUUUCCAUAUUUAAGUUUUUUAACCCAGAGUGUUUUCACUAGUUUGGUGAAGUGGCUAUUUCCCCCCACACACACACAGUUCAUGGGUGAGUGGAGGUAAUCUCUGAGAAAGUAGAUAAUAUCUGUGUGUGCAUGUAUUAGAUGCACAUAAGUUUUUGCCUAGAACGUCACUAGUGUUUUUUGAGCAGAGACUCACAAAUUCUGCCGGGACAAGACCAACAGAGGAGGGAGUGAACUGGCCGUGUUCAAUGCAGCUGAACCUUUCCUUUAAAAAUCACUGAACUGUCUCUUGUCUCAGGACCAGAGACAGUUUAUUACAGAGAAAACUAAGGGUAUUUCAGUUGGGGGGCACAGGAAAAGGCCCCAACAAACUCCUCAUCAGGUAAGAAAAGUUAGUUCAGUUGUUGGAUUUAGAAAAAAAGAAAAGAAGGCAAGCUGUUAAAGACCAGAUCACACCUGACUGAUUCAAAGCAGAUAUCUCAAGUAUUCCUGGAAAUGUUGACAUUCUUACAGAUGAAUGGGGAAAGUAAGUAGUUGCUUGCAGAAUAUUUUCUUAUUAUGCAGUAAAUAUGUGAAUCAUAGAAGUCCAGAAUUUUUCUUGAAAUCAGAUAGAUAUAUGGAAGUAGCUUUUUUUUUUUUUCUGUCUUGCAGGGCUAUAGUCUCCCUCCAAGACCAGUCAAAUAAUUCUGAGUACAACAAGUAUUGAGAGCAGCCCUCAGAUACAAACUGUUUAGUGGCUAUCUCAAUCUUAAUAACUGGAUUAAAAAAUGAAUGCAUUAACAGAUUGUUUACAGUCAUUUUUAGGGAAGACAAUCCACUACCUAGGGAACAAUAUACAUAAUCCUUGCCAAAGGGCUUAUUCCACAGCCUGGAGUUUAUUUCUGCUCUGCAGUCAUGGAGGAGAGAGAAGUGCUCAUCACCUUGGCAGAAAUGGGCAAUAUUUACUCCCAAAUAAAAAUAUAGGCCCUGGCAGCUGCCACAUAUCCACUGCAUGAACCUGCUUUAAACAAGCCAACACUGAGGAUUUUAGGUCAAAGGCAAUCUGCCACUGAGGGAGAAAUUCAGCCGCUGGGUGGGAAGGCAAAGGAUAAAGGGGGGGAAGGCAAAUGCCAGUGAGAGGGAGAGAGACCAGAAGUCCACACAUGCUGCAAUGGAAUCACUUUAAAAAAAUAAAUAAAUCUCUCCUGCUGGGAAACCUCAGGAAAAAAAAAAACUUUGGUAUUAAUAAAUGGAACACUGUUUUGAGAAAACCAACAUUCAAUUUAACAGUCUAAGGAGAAUGAACAUCGGAGGCCAGUUAGGAAUAGAAGGGAGAUCUGAGAGAAACUGAGAGGAUUACGAUAUUUGAUGUUUAGCUUGAGUUUCUGCUGUGUGGAUAUCUCAUCUGAACCGGCUACAGCCAGCCAGCCUGUGUCUCUUCGUGCCAGACUGUUCUAGGCUUAGCAAACCCUGGGUGUAAAUAGAGCAGAGUCCAGCCUGGGCUAAAGAAGGGCUCCCAUACAGCAAGCAAGCAACAGCACAUUCCCAACAUCCCGUUUAGCAUAUCGCAAAAGGGGGAACAGCUCUGGAAGGAAACAUCUGGCUUUUCCCAACAGUCAGUGAAGACCCAAGGGCCAAUGCCAUGGUCUGUGAGAGUAGGCAGUGGGCCUUCCAGCUCCUAUACCAUGCAAGCCUUCUUGUAGCAGAUGUGGUACCAAGCUAGCUCUGGUGCCUCCAGUUGGCAUGUGCAGUUUGGGAUUCCAUCCAGCCUAGACGCCCAUUUGGCCCCUCUACAGGGCCCUGGCCAGACCAGCCUGAGCUACCUAUAGUGGGGGUAAGAGGCUGGCCUUACCAGUCAAAAUAGGGCUGCAGCUGAGUUCCCCAGUGAGUCCUGGAAAAUUCUGGAGGAUACAGUAGAAGGCAUUGGGGAUCUAUGAACUCCUUGAAAAUUAUGGGUCAAAUUGAGGGGUUACUCAGAUAUUUAUUUCCCACAGGGUAAGAAAGCUCAGCUUUAGGAUUUUCCGAAGGGGACUUAUCUUAAAAAAAAAAAAAAAGGGUUUUUAAGAGGUAGGUUUAGAUCACAUGUUUUUCAUGUCUUUCCUUAGUCUCUACCAUCUCCAGCCAGCCAGCGCUGUCUCCUGUGGUGCUGGUCCUUCCCUGUAGCUCGGGGAAGGGACUUUUUGCACUUAGAUCCUGGAGGUGCCCAGUUCAAUCCACUGGAUAGCUGGGAUUUCUUCUCCUUAAGAGAUCCCCACCAUUCUUGAGAUCAACUUUCCACUGGACAGAGAUUUCCUGAGAGACUAAGCUAAGGGGCAAAAGUCCCUGGCAGUCCAUAGCUUUGUAGCAUUUCCCACAAAAUGCAACAUUUCUGGGUCGGUUCCAUCCUCCCUGAAAACUUAGUAAAAACAAUGCUGACCAGAUAGACUAAAGUUAAGAGAAGAGUCUAGGCUUCUUGGUUCUGAAGCCUUGGCCCGGUCAAGUGAGAGUCACUUGGAGAGAGACUUAAAAUCCUUCUGCACAAAUCCCAGACAUGAUUCGGCUGCACUGCUGAGACUUCAAGUCUGGAAAGAACCAUUUUUCUCCCCGCCUCUAUUCAGCUCUUUGACCCUUCUUCCUCUUUUCCUCUCUGUUCCCCUUCUGUCCAUUCCAGAAACUCAGUCCCUAGAGUCUGUCGCCACAAGAUACAGAGGUAGAAGUGACUGUAGCCCGAGGCCACCGUGCUCAGAGCAGCCUCUGAGGCAGAGCAGCAAUUGCUUGGAGUGCCAGACAGAGCCAGAGCCAGAGCCAGAGCCCUGCUGUUGGCUCUCCAGUGCACUUUCUGGCUCCUCUCAGGCAAAGCUUCUUUCUUGACUGGGUUCACAGUGCAAAGAAGGAGGCCAAAUGCCUGGCCAAUGCCCUGGGAAUGCCAGGGUCUCCCCUGUCCCAGCCAGUCCCACACAGAGAUAGAAGCUGCCUGCCUCCUGAGGUCGGAGGGCAUAGCAGCAGCAGUCAAGACCUCUGCAGGAUCUAGCCCUGGUGGGGCAAGCAGGCCAGGGGUAUCCUGGAGAGCUGUAACUCUCAGGCUGGGGGCAAGGCAGUGACGUCUUUGGGCUCCAAUACCAGAUUCACAUUUGGGGGGCUAGUGCCUACCAGCCAUUCAUAUUUUCAUCUAGACCUGCGCUGACAGCCAGGGAAUAAAGGGUUCCUGGUAUCUGCUGAGCAGAGGGCCUGGCCUCUGAAACCUGCUAUAACUAACUGGGCCACAGGCCCAGCCCGCUACUUUGCAAGAAAUAGAUUUCCUCACCCUGGGUCUUGUUAAAAUGCACACACGUCUGUGGAGUGAGGGCUCCCUUAGCUGUGGGUUGGGGGGGGGGAUGGACUGUAGAGGAGGAGUGACACUUGUACUUCUCACAGCCCCUGGGAGCAUAUGAAUGCCAAGGCUAAAGGGAGAGCUCCUGAAUAGUGUGGCAAAGGUGUCCUUCUAUCUCUUGUAUUCCAUCCUCAAUACCCCCUUCCCUACUCCAUCUCUCUCUCUCUCUCUGUCCAGGUUUUCACUUACAGACAAACUAAAGACCCUGGAGAUGUUUCUUUCACUUCUUCCAAAGGGGGUAUGAGCUUGGAUACUGCUGAGGUGAGGGAGGCUAUGGGGUGUCUAAACUUGGCUCUGGUCUAGCGGGGCCAGAAGAGCCUUUCAGGGCAGGUUGCCAGUCUUUUCCACCCCAAGGUCCAGCGACUGGAGCUGCAGAGAGGCAGAGCAGGUGAGCGCAGCACAGGAGAAGAUUGUAUCUCUACCUUCUAGUGGAAAAGAGUGCAGGGCCCCGAGGGCCAAGGCUCUGGCGUUCGUUCGGGAAGACAUUCUGUGCGGGGUGCAGAAGGAAUUGAUAAUUGCCAGCUUCCAGUGCGAUCUGGAUUUUGGACACUCUGGGGGGAUGGAGUUCUGGUGGCCUCAGGACAAGGUCCGCCUUUUUUUUUUUUUUUUUUUUUUGAGGAGCUCCUUACAGGUCCAGGGAUGAAUGGGAAGAGCACGAGGCUUUAACAGGGCCCCCACUUAGUGACGAGAGUGCACUGAGGCCUAAAGGCUGUUUCUGAGACAAGGAUGGGGAGCACCCAAGAAGAGCCGGGGUGCACCCCAUAAACACCCCACUUGUUAACUGCGCGGGUUCCAAGGGCCCUUCUAGCAGACCUCUGGUGAGAGCUCGCGUCCCGGUAUGGGCGGGGCGAGCCCCAGGUGCAGCCCCCCCCCCCCCAGGAGCCCUACUGAGGCAGCCCCUGCAGCUCCUGGCUGAGGUAUCGGUGUGCGUCUCUCGGGCCAUCAAUACAGAUUACAUAUUUAUAUCAAUCGCGGGUUCCAAGGGCGCCCUCGGAGAGCGGCCCCGCGCCUACGAAACCAAACUGGGAGUGGUCGCGCGGAAUCUCUAGCUCACGAUUGGCUGCGGGCGCCCGCCGCGGUGCGGGGGGAUUGCUAAUGGUAUUCAGCAUGUUUUGCACAAGAAAUGUCAGCCAGAAAGGGCUAUCUGCUCCCUUCGCCAAAUUAUCCCACAACAAUGUCAUGCUCGGAGAGCCCCGCCGCGAACUCCUUUUUGGUUGACGCGCUCAUCAGCUCCGGCAGAGGCGAGGCUGGCGGCGGUGGCGGCAGUGGCGGCGGCGGCGGCGGCGCAGGGGGCGGUGGCGGCGGCGGCGGCUACUACGCCCACGGCGGGGUCUACCUGCCGCCGGUCGCCGACCUGCCCUACGGGCUGCAAAGCUGCGGGCUCUUCCCCGCGCUGGGUGGCAAGCGCAAUGAGGCGGCCUCGCCGGGUGGCGACGGUGGCGGCGGUGGCCUGGGUCCCGGAGCUCACGGCUAUGCGCCCGCGCCUAUAGAUCUGUGGCUCGAUGCGCCCCGGUCGUGUCGAAUGGAGCCACCGGAGGGGCCGCCGCAGCCCCAGCCGCCCCAGCCGCCCCCGCCCCCGCCGCAGCCACCCCAGCCCCAACCACAGGCCACUUCUUGCUCUUUCGCGCAGAACAUCAAAGAGGAGAGCUCCUACUGCCUCUACGACUCCGCGGACAAAUGCCCCAAAGGCGCCGCCGCAGCAGCCGCUGCUGAGCUGCCCCCCUUCCCGCGGGGCCCGCCGCCCGACGGCUGCGCCCUGGGCGCCUCCAGCGGGGUGCCGGUGCCCGGCUACUUCCGCCUGUCUCAGGCCUACGGCGCGGCCAAGGGCUACGGCGGCGGCGGGGGCGCGCUGCAGCUCGGCGGCGCCGGCCCUUUCCCCGCGCAGCCCCCGGGGCGCAGCUUCGACCCGCCGCCCCCCUCGCUCGCCUCCGGGUCGGCGGACGCGGCCCGCAAGGAGCGCGCCCUCGACUCGCCGCCGCCCCCCGCGCUGGCCUGCGGUGGCGGCAGUGGGGGCUCGCAGGGCGACGAGGAGGCGCAAGCGUCGUCCUCGGCAGCCGAGGAGCUCUCCCCGGCCCCUUCCGAAAGCAGCAAAGCCUCGCCCGACAACACCCUGGGAAAUUCCAAAGGUGAAAAUUCAGCAAACUGGCUCACUGCAAAGAGUGGCAGGAAGAAGCGUUGCCCCUACACCAAGCACCAGACACUGGAGCUGGAGAAGGAGUUUCUGUUCAACAUGUACCUUACUCGAGAGCGGCGCCUAGAGAUCAGCCGCAGUGUCCACCUCACGGACAGACAAGUGAAGAUCUGGUUUCAGAACCGCAGAAUGAAAUUGAAGAAAAUGAACAGAGAGAAUCGGAUCCGAGAGCUCACAGCCAACUUUAAUUUUUCCUGAUGAAGCUCCAGGCAAUGUGUGUCCCCACCCCACCCCCACCUCCCAUCCUCUCCCUGCUUUGAGAGAGCUGCUCUUUCCCUCUGUCUUCGGCCUGUGCCCAGGAACUCCACCUGUGCCCGGGAGCUCCACUCCUCCCUCCCACAUUCACCGUCUCACUGGCCAUUACAUCUGUGCUGGGCUGGUUUGUUCUUACUUUUUUGUUUCUUUGUUUGCUUGGUGUCAGUUUAUUUGUUGCUUUCUGGGGGAAGAAGCCAUAUCAUGCUAAAAUUCUAUAGAGAUCUUGUCCUAGGUGUCAAAUGGUGACUGGGAUGGUUUGCUCUCUCAGGGUUCCACUGCUAGAAAUGGGCCCUGUCCUCCCCAGUGGAGCUGGUGUCCUACAGCAGGCCCUGGGUAGACUUGGCCAGGAGGUUGAGUUUCUAGUAUAGGCACUGAGGUAUCUAGCCUGAGGUCAAUGGUGCAAGAAGCCACCACCAGGCUUGCCUGGAGUGCUGGGCUGUGUUUAAUCAGGGGGAUACAGGCCUUUCUUUCUUCCUUCCUUAGCACGGAGAAGGGCUUACAGGCAUGGAUAUCUAGGUUGGAGGGAGGGAGGUCUUGACUUUGGCUAAUUGGAAAAUCAAGAGUCAGAAAGGUUAAAAAUUCCUUCUAUAUAAGAUAUCACAACUUUGAAAGAAAAAAAAAGUGAUCAGGAGAAGGAAAAAUGCCUCUUUUCAAUUGUGUAAGGUCUUGCAUUGUGGGACUGAAUUGUUUCACUUACCUCUUAAUUUCCAUAUCCUUCUGAUUAUAAUCUAAUGUAGUUUUGUUUGUACAUGCAGAUUUAGCGAAUUAUUUUUUUGCCAUUAACUAAUCGUUACCACUGGUAACAUAUGACAAGCACACCACAAUUCUCCUUAUCUUGUGGAGUAUUUUUUUUUUACUUUUAUUAUUUCUAAAAAUUCAUGGAAGCCUAGGAGGGCUGGGGUGACAGGACCAGUUGAGAGAAGGGAGACAAUGUUUGGGUUUCCUUUAUACUGUGAAGUUACAUGCAUAAAAGGGUGAAACCUGUAGGUGCAGUAAAAGAAAAACUAUAAAUACAAAUCUGUAUAAAUGUCUAUUAUGAAAAAUUGCCAAUCUUGUUUUAUGCAAAUGCAUUCUAUCAUUAUAAAUGUUAGUUCUAGUUCUAUUUACUUCUAAUCUUAAAUCAGAAUAAAUUAAUAUUGUAAUGCUGCUGUGCGUGGAAAAAAAGACGAUGUUUAUGUUCUUAUAGAAGAAUAAAAGCUGUGGAAUGAA